AUGGGUAUCUGCACGGAGUCUGAAAGCGUCAUUUACACCUGUGAUGCCCAGACAAAUUCCAUCAAGACCACCACUAAAAUGGUCGAAUGCGUCAAAUUUCUCAACUCUGUUGGUCAGCUUUUUGACGCCUUUUCCAUCCAUUGUAAAGGAACAGGUUACUCUAUUAAGUCUCCCGAUGAAACGCUCUCCCUUGUCCGCCAGUGUAAAGAGCUUCUAGAGAGGAAAACCAACGAGAUCCGAAUGAGUACUGGCAUUACAAGCGCUAUUAAUGGACCUCAGGGUCAUGUUUCCGCAAGGACCGUGGCCUCAGUUGCACUUCUUGAAUGGGGGCUGCAGAGAUUGUACAGUAAUUUGCAACCGUUCAAUCAAAGUUCAACUAAUCUCUUGCGUUGUAUGACACUGGACGUAGAGAAUUGCCAUUCCUCUGUUCAUAUCAAACAAGUGAACAUGUCCAUGAUGUAG